AUGCUUGGUUGGAUGCUCAAGCGCGGCGAAAACGCCCCCAAUGGAUUGGACGAAGGAGAUACCACGCAAAUCGAUCAGCCCGAUACCCCUGCGCCAGUGUUUGCGGCGAGAGCUUUCAGAAAUGCCCUCUUUGGAACGCCCGCGAAUAACCGCGAAGAGCUACGAGCGAGGCCAGCCAAGUCCGUCACGAUAUCAGACAAAGGAUCGCGAACACCCAAUUCCAAACCCCAGGGGAUUCUUCUGACCCCCGGGACUGGAACGUCCCGACCCAAGCGUGUAUCGUUUGGUCGCGAUGUUGGAGGGGGGAGUAAGCUGCUUGAAGAAUCAAGCCAAAUCGCCAUCAGGGACAUAAAUGUGCCAAAGAGCGCCAAAUCAGCGACUUCUUCCGAGACCACCAAAGGAGAACAGGCGGCAGGAGCCGGCGGGGAUGUGCCUGCCUCUGACGACGACUGGGAGGAGGACGAUGACGACGUUGAACCCGAGAACUACUGCAAUCACGACAUCACGGUUGACCUGAACGAACCGCAUUCUCAAUCUGGACAGUACUGGAAGCAUGAAUUUGAAAAAUAUCAACAGGACGCGAAGGCAGAGAUGGAGAAGAUGCUCAAGUAUAAGCAACUGGCAAAAUCCUACGCUCGACAGAAGGACGCCGAGGCUAUUACCCUCGCGGAAAAACUGAAAAAUGAGCAGCAGAAAGUGAUUGACAUGGAAAAGAAAAUUACCCAGAAUGCUUCACAAAUUAUCUCACGAUUCGAGAACAAGUCGGAGAAUGCUUCGCCCGAGGUGCUGGCAAACCUCGCAAAGCAGACUGCUCUUGCCAAGGAAUACAAGGAACAGGUUCAAGACUUGGAGAAUCAGCUGGAGGAAUUUCUCGAGGAAAGACAGGAUACCGCGGAACCUACUAUUCGACGAAGGAGAGUAGGAACGUCGCCGCGUACCCAAAGGACCCUUCUGGAGACACAACGAGAAUUGCGCAAGGCUAGGAAUCAAGCUAAAGAGCUCAAUGAUCUUCGUGAUAAGGUCUCGUUGUUGAAAGAAAGACUGAAGGCCGCGGAAGAGCGAGCUGACCAGGCAGAGAGCGGGGCGCACCGCGAAGAUGGUUUGCCAAGAGCCAAAGAAUUAAGGGCACAACUCCGCCAAGAGCGAGAAGAAUCACGAAAAAAAGACGAAGAAAUACAACAGCUGAAGAAGGAAUUCGAGGCUUACAGAGAGGAAAGUCAGGCUCAAGAAAAGGACAGGAAUGAUGUUCUUCAGAGAGCGCACACCAAGAUAUCGGAUCUUAAAAAGGAGAUCAAAACCCUCAAAAGCGGUGGUGUGGAUCCAAUUCCAAGGCAAAAUGCCAGUAAACAGGAUGCUCUAGAGCCUACAACUGGCGCGGAUAUGGCCAACCAACGUUCAAACACGGCAGAAAUGAAGGCACGGCCUGGGCAAUCUGGAGUCGCGACACGAGAAGUGCCAGAUGAAGUUGUUUCAAGAACGCCCGAAGGCUCUCCUGGUAAAGGAUUUACUUCUACCAGGUAUCGAAUUGCUCGAGAAAAGCCAGUGAAUGAUGAAUUCAAGCCGCGCGCAGCCGUCGAGGAUCCCAUACCCAUCGCCAUGUCUGGUGCGCUCAAUAAUCGACCAAAACUGGACAAGCCUAGGUGGCAGCCGUUCGUACCCAGGUCCCCGCGAAACAGAGCCUACCUCGGCGAUGAGUUAGCUGAUCGUAUCGAGAAUGGCGGUGUCACGGUUACGACAAAGCCGAAGGAUAUCAAGGCCCCGGAUCUUCCUGCUCUUGCUGAGCUGAUUUCACGAUCUGACAGGCCGCCAUCUAGAUUAAAGACGGACGCAGGCAUUGAUCUGUUGCACGAUCGCUUUGCUAAGCUUGGUGCACCGGAAGUACACAGUAACAAACUAGAGAAGCGACAGAGUGCAACUCGCGAUAGUUCCAACAGCAAGCUCCCACCAGAGCGACGGGCUGCUGCUCUAGCGCGGAUCGAGAAGCGAAUCGCGAUGAAGAAAAUGCAGAAGCAGAAUGAAUUUGACAAGGAGAAUCUAGAGGCCCAGCUUGAAGAUGCCCGUGCCAGACUGAAGCUAUCACAAUUGAGCACCAAGGAUGGACAUCCAACAGCUACCAUUUUAAAGCCAUCGCCAUCCUCAUCGACUCACUUUCUUCUUCUCUUGUCGGAUUCGGCAUUACCCCUCGGCGCAUUUGCCUUCAGCAGCGGCCUGGAGUCCUACCUGGCUCACAACCCCCGCUCAUCCACCUUCUCAGAUUUCCUGCCCUCGUCCGUCUCGUCCUUCGCCUCCACAACCCUGCCCUUCGUCCUCGCUGCCCAUCGCGAUCCAAACUCCCUCUUCGACUUGGACGACCAGCUCGACGCGGCGGUCAUCUGCACCGUGGGCCGUCGGGCGAGCAUCGCCCAGGGCCGUGCUCUGCUCAGCGUCUGGGAGAGAUCGUUCCGAUCCGCGGUGUCCGAGGUGCAAGAGGUACAGCUACUGAGGGAAUUUUCGACGCUAUUGAGGGAGAGCAAGGGAGAAGUUCCGGCGGUGUCUGCGCACCUGGCGCCGCUCUUCGGUGCCAUCUGCGCCAUCGUUGGGCUGAGCCUCCGCCAGGCGGCCUACGUCUUCAUGUUGAGUCACGUCAAGGCGCUCAUCUCCGCAGCGGUCAGAGCCAGCGUGUUUGGGCCGUUCCAGGCCCAGAAAGUGCUGGCAGGGGAUCGUGUACAGAAUAUGAUUGAGUUGAUGAUUGACAGGGAAUGGAACACGCCUGUUGAGGAAGCUGGGCAGAGCGUGCCCGUGAUGGAUUUAUGGAUCGGUCGACAUGAGCUCCUUUAUUCGAGAAUAUUCAAUAGCUAG